ACGUAUUCGCUUUAAUAGACGUCCGUAAAAUUAUGUGUUCGUUGGUGCCGUUAACGAAAAUUAAUAUAAAUAAUUAAUUUUAAUAGAUGUAAUAAAGUUAUUUUUUUCGUAUAUUUUAUGGUUAAAUUCUUCAUAUAUAAUAAAUAAGAAAUGCAAUGGGCCUUUGCAGUCACAAGGAUUUCUUCACAUUAAAUAUUUCAAAAUGACUAUUCGUAACUACUUGAUACAGCAGGUAACAAGGUCUAUGUCCAACACUUCAUUGGUGAUGCUCAUUAAAAACGAUCCAGUGAUACGAACCGUUGUAUCGGAAGUGACAGUAACUGAGCAGUCGUGCUAUGGCGUUUUCCGCAAGUUGGAGUCGGACGGUGAUGGAAGAGGCGGGUUUAGGGGCCGCAGUCGGUCGACACAACCUUCACCUACGAGACUGCCGCCGCUUGAACGUUUCAGUCAACGAGAGCAUGCGGCCGCGUACAGUACCGAUUGCUUCACCGAAGAAAUUGAUGAUGAUCCGUUUAUUACUUAUAGUGAUGCGAUAGUGAGCGGAACUGAAUUUGCGACUGGUGGAGCAACAAGUGUUGGUGAAGAUUCUUUAAGCGAUUUAGACACUGUUGUGUGGACUGAAGAGGACUACUCGCCGACUGUAGUGAUUAGCACAUCAUCAGUGGUCGGUUUUUAUCCGACCGAAGUCUUAGGGUCUGAUAUCACCACCAAAACGGGAGAUUUAUGUGCUGGGGGUGCGGCCGCCGCUCCGUACAGCCACACCCCCAUGGGAUCCACUACAAAGCUCGUCGGGAUCGACAAAAAUAGCGACGACACACCUAAUAUAUAUUGCUGUAAAUCGAAAUGUCUACAAAGUUUUAGCACGUUCCUUAUGACUAUUUCGUUGGCUGUCAGUUUGGCUAAUAUUAUAAGACUUCCACGAAUGGUUUUUCUGUAUGGCGGUGGAACAUUUUUGGUGUCGUAUUUGAUAGUAGCCUUUUUUUUUGGCGUUCCUCUCCUGUUCUUAGAAAUUACGCUUGGUCAAUUCUGUCAACAAGGUACCACUAAAUUAUGGCGAGCGGUACCAUUAUUAAAAGGUGUGGGGUAUGUAAAAUUACUGGCUUCUAUGUUGUUGGCUGCUUACUAUCCGAUUAUUAUGGCCUUAUCUUUCUUUUACGGAACACGAAGUGUCAUUGGAAGCAUACCAUUUCCUGAAUGCAGUAAUUCUAUACAUUUUUAUCAAGGUACAAAUUCGAAUAAAGGUGAAGAUUGCUUACAACAAACAUUUCUUUUGCCACUACAUAUGAAUUGGCGAUGGAUCUCGAUGGAUAUCUUAUUUGUAUUAAUCAUAUGGAUCUUCGUUUCAUUAAGUUUAAUAAAAAAUAGCAAGUCGUAUAGAACAACGUCAUUAGUUAUGGUUCCUGUCACUUUUAUGUCAUUAACUGUUUUGUUAACUAAAGGUCUUAACGCAGAUCGACGAGGUUUAGAAAUAUUGUUGGAAAUUCAUUGGGAAAAUUUGUUGACUUUAGACAUAUGGUACCACGCUGUGGUGCAGUUUUUGAUUACUACACAUUUGGGAUUUGGAAAUAUUACCACGUGUGCUGGUCGCUUGUAUUCGAAGUCUAAUCCUUUUUGGACUUCUGUACUUUUUACAAUAGUUAGCGUAACUGUGGGCGUGUGUGGAAUUUCAGUAUUGACAAUGUGGAUGUAUGACAUGCAAAAAGCUGGUAUAGUUUUCUUGCCUAAUGCAGCUUUAUCUGAAUUGUGGUUUUUGACAUUCGUGUACGAAAUUACUGCAAAAGGUAUAUUAUCAAAUUUAUGGGCCACUCUUGUUUAUGUUUUAGUAUUUUUAUCAGGAUUCCUCAGUUUGAUUGCGGCUAUAUAUACUGUAGUAGUAGGAUUGUCAGUGGAAACUAAGGAAAAAUGGAAGUGGUGGAUAUUAACUAGUACGGUUUGUUUCAUUGGUUUUCUUGUGAGCGUUUUGUGCUUAUUGCCUGAAAAUCUCCAAUCAAUUCAUCUUUUAGACGAGUACAUUAUUCCUCGUAUGAUAUUAACAUCUACAGUACUAGAACUGAUAGGAUUUGUUUGGAUUUAUGGAUUAAAAUCUCUAUCUAACGAUUUUGAAUUUGUACUGGGAUAUAAACUUUGUUUUCUUUGGAAAUCCUUAUGGCUGGGUACUCCUGUAUUGUUUACAGUUCUUGAGUUUUGGAGUUUGUUUGUAAUGCCUCUUUCAGAAUCUGAACAUUCUACACAUGAUUCUAUGUGGUUGUACGUAAUUGGUUGGCUUAUAUACUUGUUCACAUGGUCAUUAAUUCUUGGAAUGGCAGUAUGGCAAAUCUCUGCUCAAGUGGAUUACAACUUUUCUCAAAAAUUUUUGAGCACUAUUAAACCAUCUAGAAACUGGGGACCUGUAGAUCCAAUUUACAGACAUUGUUGGGUGCAAUGGAAAAAACAGUAUCAAGUUACAGGUGAACGAGAUUUUACGCUGAGACGUCGAGGUACUAGAGAUUAUACUCAUUCUAUUAAACGAGGAAAACAUUCAGCACCUCCUGGUACAGCAUAUAGUAUCAGUCCUUCAUCAUUAGAUCGUACAUCAUCUUUUUACAGUGUUGAAAAUUCACCAGUGACUCGAAGUAAUUCACAUUUAGAUCAUACUUAUGACCGAAGAUGGAGUAGGGAAGUAAAAAAUACAGCUAUCAAUUAUAUGUGAUUAAAUUUACUGUUAUGGGAUUAUACUAUUUUGCAUAUACAGUUAUCUAUAUUUUUUAUAAUAAUUAUUGACUUACUAAUCAUUUAUUUAAAAAUUAAAAAAGUGAGUGAAUUUAUACUAAGUUAAAUAUAAGAAUUGAAUUAUUUAAUUUGUUUUUAAACUUUUCAAAGCUUUGGCUUAAGAAAGAAAAUAUCAAGUUACCAUCAGAAUAUUGAUGAAUUAUAUGUAGCCAAAUAAUUUUUAUAGUUUUAUUACAGAAGUUAAAGGACUGAUUUGUAUUAAUUUU